AGGAGCGCUUUCUCGUUUGACGUAACUGUCGGACUCUGCCCGUGUUUUCUCUUUUGUUGUUAUUCAUAUAUGUAACAUGCAGUACGCUGGACUGUGUUGAAUCCUAUCCAAGUCCCACAUCCACUUUAAACGUUUGUCAACGUUGGCAAGCAAGGGCGGGAAAGCGAGAAGGCCAUCCUCGUUUCGAUGUUCGGCUUGGGAUGCAUCGAACUUGAGUAGUAAGGGGUAUACACCGCACUUCAACUCAAAGUCUGCGGACCCUUAGGCGGUAUCUGGAUUUGCACGUCCUCCGUACGCUCCAAGGUGUCGGCAGCCGUCAUGCGUCGGGCAUGCCUCGAUGCUCGAGUGACAUCUAGUGGCCAACUUGGCGACUGCAUCGUCAAGUUGGACGGCCUGAUCUUGUCGGACGACCCCCUCCCGCGGCCUGCAGGGAGGGAGACCCCCGAGUGGAAGAAAUGCAUCGAGGACACAACUACGACAAGUUCACGGCCCCCAGACGACCCUCUGGGACGCACGGCAUGGUCCCAGUCUUGACAACUUACUCAGGACAGAGCCGCUACCGGCAAUUCUCCACGUUCUCUCCGCGUGCGGAACAAAAGAGCCGGUCCGCUGUUCCGGAACCGGGACGAAAGCCACGCCGCUGCCCCCGAAUCUCACAUCCGGCCUACCGGACGGACCCUCCUGCGCGGCACCCCUGAAUAGACCUGAGCAGCGUGGAUUCCUCCGGAGUGGGAACGCACCCCGCCGAGGAUAGGAGAGCCUGCCUCGGCCGCCCCCGGACUCGGCUUUUUGCGCAGGUGAGUGCGUCCACGCCCUCUUUUGCCGCCCCGAGCGGCGUCGCCAGGACAAGAGAGGAGCCGAGCGAGAGCGAAAGUCUUGCGCCAGCUCAUCACCUGCCGCUGACACUCGAGGCUCCUCUUCGGCCACGGCGACAAUGGCCUCCACCACGUUGCGGAUGUCCGCAGGCCGGAUCGGUGUGGCGCGACCGCGCGUCCUCUUCUUGGGUCUCUUGGUCCUCCUCGCGAUGUCAAGAGGCGCGGCCGGCGCCACCUGGUCUUCUCCGGUCAGCUGGACGGCCGCGGGUACGAGCGCGCCCCCCGCCGCCGCCUCGCCUUCUUCGGGAGCGCCCGUGAGCGAUGCCACCCGGGGCCCCUCCACAGCGGCGGCCGGCGGAACGAGCGCCGCCGGUUCGGUCGCCGCUCCGAAUACGGGAAGCAUCUCUCCCGCCUCUGCCGCCGCAGCCACGCCCGCGUCCGGCGCCACCUGGAGUCCGAGUAGCGGCUCCGGCGUGCCGUCGACCGUCAUGACGAUGUCCUCCGCCGCCGUGUCAACUGCCACCGGAGCCAUGGCCAGCGCGAGCUGGAAGCCGGCGAGCGGCUCUGCGACUGCGACCCCCACCGCCGCCGCCUCCGCCGUGAUGUCCACAUCUGCCGGAUCCACUUCCGGUCCCUCCUCCUCCGCAGCCGCGCUCCUCGCCAGCACCGCCGCAAGUCCAAAGAGCGUCUCGACAGCUUCCGUCGCCACGCCCCCCGUCACCGGGACAACUCGGAGCCCAAACGCGGGCUCCGGACACCCCGCGAUGACGCGGAUGACCUCCACCCCCGGCGGUCGGUUUGCUUCCGCGGCCAGUGCGACGACGACGAUGAUGAUGAUGACGACGACGCCGCCGAUGGACGUGAUCUACUGUCCGGUAUUGUCGUGCAAUUCCUCCUUGCAAUGCGACGCCACGUACGCCAGUCACAACGCCACGCCGUGCGCCGCCGGCCAAUGGUGUCAGUUGUGGAAGAUGGCGAGCGCGCACUACGCGGCCAACUGCAGCGCCUCCUGCGGCGGCGGAUGCGCCCGCGCCACCGACGCCCGUUGCGCCGUCGCCUGCUGCAACGCCACGGGCUGCCUCGCCGACGCGUUCGCGUCCCUGGCCGCCACGACGUCUGCGGCCCCUGCUCCGAGCGCCGCCGCGUCCGUCACCGCGGCGAUGACUGCGACGCCCACCCGCCGAGCUACGACGGCUAACGGAAGGAAAUGCCACCGAGGGACGUGCACGGGGACCACCUGCUACACCGGCUUUCGCAACACGCUGCAGACGUGCUCCGCCGCGCAGCCGCACUGUCAGCUGAUCAAGCAAACGGUCCAGUCGGCCACGCGGUGGACAGCGGGCUGCGCCGCCGACUGCUCGGGCCAGCCGCCGUGCCGGGACGCCGCCAUUCCUCCCUGCCACCUGGAGUGCUGCGUGGCCGUCGCCAGCGCGUCCUGCCUGCGGCUCAACGGGACGCUCAACCACGUGGCCGCCCGAGCCGCCGGAGCCGCGCCGUCGCCGUUGGCGCUGUGCCUCCUCGUCCUGCUGGCUUUGGGCCUCCUGAUGUGAGGCCGCCACGCGCGCGCCCUCGUUUCGUCGUCUCUGUUGCUCGUGUGCGAUUGUCUUUUUUUUUUGGGUUUGUUUGUUUUUUUUUUGAAGACGUUUUAUUUCAAGGCCUCUGGCCAUUUGGAUGGGAGUAUUUCAGUGCAAGGCCGGACGUCUUGAGAGCGCUUUCACGACAGCCGCGGCUGUUAGCGAAGCGCUUUCAAGAGGCGGCGAUGGGAGAAAAUUCAGCCGCGUCCGUCACGUUUGA